CCGAGCUUGGAGGGGGGAGGUGGGAGCAAGAGGGAAGUGGGAGGGAUGGCAGUGGCCAUGCUGCAGGCCCGGGGUGGCCAGGCAGGGCUGGCUCAUCCCUGGACAGGAGAACUGUAGCAAUGAUCUCAGUGAGCACUGAGGAGGCCAGGAGGGGCCACAGGCCGGCCGAGGCUCCGAAGGGAGGGCAAGAUUGCAGGGAAGAAGGGGAGAAGCCCAGAAGCCGGGGGCCCCCUUGGGGCCAGGGCCCCGCCCCGGUCCCCAGUGUGAAUUCUGAUUUGUGUUCCCUUUCCUUCUCCCCUCUGCUCCCCCUCCCGCUCUUACAGGGCUGCCCCGGCCAGUCCUCGGCUCCACGUCUGACCCCAGCCGGCACCACGGAGGGCCCUCAGGAAGCCCGGGUGACCCCGUCCUGCCCCCUGGACGGGGCCUUCUGGAUCCCCCGGCCUCCCGGCGCCCCCCCCAAGGGCUGCUUUGCCUGCGUGUCCAAGCCCCCGGCCCUGCAGCCCUCGGCGGCCGGCUCGGCCGCCGCGCAGGGCCCGGCCCCCAGCCUGUGUCCCAUGGAGGCCAAGAGUUGCAAGGCCGACAGCGUCCGGACCGGCACGGGCUCGGGGCCCGGCAAGCACUCGGCUGAGAAAAAGACCAUGACCAACCCCACCACGGUCAUCGAGAUCUACCCUGACACCACCGAGGUCAACGACUAUUAUCUCUGGUCCAUCUUCAACUUCGUCUACCUCAACUUCUGCUGCUUGGGCUUCAUCGCUCUGGCCUACUCCCUGAAGGUUCGAGACAAGAAGCUACUGAACGACCUGAAUGGGGCCGUGGAGGACGCCAAGACGGCUCGCCUCUUCAACAUCACCAGCUCCGCUCUGGCCGCUUUCUGCCUGGUCCUCAUCUUCAUUUUCCUGCGGUACCCCCUCAAUGACUACUGAGGGGGGAGGGAAGCCCCGGCACCCCGCCCCCCCAUCCCGCUGAACUGUCAGGGGGAGAAGAGCGUUUGGCUUGGACGUUUUUACAGGGGAAUUAAUCAUUUAAAAUAUUUAUUUUCAAUAUAAAGGGAGGGGAGGGAGCCAGAGAAGGACAGGGGGGAAGCCAGGGUGGGGCUGCCAAGGCCGGCCGAGUCCUGGCCGGACACCACGAUGGAGUGGGAAGCGGGAGAAGGGGAUGAGUGGGGCCCUAGGGGGCCCUGCUUCUGUCCCACACGCUAGACAAGGCCCUCCCCACCCAGGGCCUCGCCCCCAGACCCACCUUCUCCUUGGGUUCGCUUCAGCUACACCCGCAACCCCGUCAAUCAGCGGCCUGGCCUGUCAGCACCCCCAGCCCCGCAUCCCCCCGCCCCCGCCUAAGGGCACAGCCCCAAGCACCCGGCAGAGCUGCCCCGGGGCAGGGCAGGAUGGGGGUCAUUGCUUGGGGCCGUCGCCCCGCUUAGAGCUGCCGAGAUCCGGUGACUUUGCUGUGAACCACCUCUGCCCGGCCGCCGGAAGCCCGAUUUCUAAGGUUGGGACCGCGGAGGAAGGCCCUGGAGAGGCCGGGCUCCCCCCCUCCCCGGGCUUCGGAACGCCUCCAGGGAACCAGAUGGAUGUGCUUGGGAGGGGAGGACGCAGGGCAUGGUCCCAUCCCAUUGCUUAGGAAACAGGUUCUCAGACAGGGGAGGGGCUUUGCCAGCUCCCCUCCCCCCCAUGUCAAUCACCAGUGAGAAACCAAGGACUGCCAGAGGGAUCCUUCCCCACGUGCUCGGGCAGAAUGGCCCCGCCCUCAGGGAGGGGCAGAGGGGCGGGGCCCAGACUCACCUGGAGAGGAAGGAGGCGGGACGGCUGUUGUGAGGAACCUUACUAUACUCAAACACUGUGACUUGAAAUUCUGUGUGAGUGUGUGUCUGUGUCUCCGUGUGUGUGAGUGUGAGUGUGUCCCCGUUCACACCUGCUCCUGUGCUGCUGCCCGGCCGGCUCCUCCCUCAGGCUGGCUCCCCGGCUCCGGGAGCUCGCCCUCUUCUCGCGGGCUGUUGCUGAGCGGCGCUGGGGCUUUCCCCGCUCUGCCCACUUGUUGGCAGGAUGGCUUUGGACUAGUCCUUGGCCUCCCAGGCUGAGGUCGCGGGCUGGGUCUGCCAGCCCUUCCUGCCGCCUGAGUGAAUAUUGAAGCGGAGAGAGAGCUCACGGCUAAAGAAAAGCAAGCCCCGAGGCUCUGGGGAGAGCCGAGGCAGAGGCAGCUGGCAGACCCUCCCCCUCCCCCAAUCUACCUGCCCCCUCCCCCCCACGCCCCUGCUGGGACUUUGGCUGGUCCGGAAGGAGAGUCUCGGGGCGACUGUAGGGAAAGGGGCUGAAGUUCAAGGGAAUAGGAAGAGCCUCUGACCGCCGGGGACCGCCGGGGAGACGCGUGUGGGACUGAACCGAGGGGGCCGGCCUCCAGAGCAGAGGCCAGCCUUCCUCUAGGGACAAACAGCACAGAAAGGACCCGGGGCCGCUGAGCCGAGUCCCACGGGGUUUGUGGCAGCAGCCCCACAGCUGGAGCCAGAGCAGCCCGCGGUUCUGGGAGUUCGGAGGCCAUGGGCGUCCACAGCAGCACUGGCACCCGGAGCCCCGGGUCCAGGACCUGCCCGGGCUUGGCCACUUGGAUCAGGGCUGAGGGAGCGGGUAGGGACGCUUUUCGCUGAAUUGGCACGCCCCUGGUACCCUCGGUCUCCGGACACACUUCCCAGUGGGCAAACAGUAGCCCCGAGUCACUCCCUUCCCUCUUCCUAAGGCAGCUCUCCCAGCUAGGUCCCGGCCUUGCCUUUGGCCCGGGCUGGGCCCCCGCUGCCUCUUCAUCCAGCUCCCACCACUGCCAUGUUCCAAAGGGCCUUUUGUUCUGGUCAUGUUCAUAGGUCUCUCCUAUUCUGAGAGAUUUCCUCAAUUCCGGGUCUGGGAGGGGCACAGCUCCUGCUCCUGCCUUCCUGGGGUGACCCACCUCUGAGCUAGGAGCUGGGGCACCUGGCUUUGGUUACCCAUGUGACCAUGGUCAGUUCUUUCCCCUUCUGGGCCUCAGUUUCCCCAUUUGAUCCCUCAUUUCCCCAUGCCAGGCUCAGGAUGAAGGAGGAAGGAGCAGAGAGGAGAGGAGAGGACAAGGCCCCGGUACUCCCAUUUGUGAGUUCUGAGCCAUCAGGACCAUGGGUGGAUGUUAGGCAGGGCCUGAGCUAGUACAGCGACUCUGGGGCUCUUCAAGGGGCUCGGGGUCCAGGAUCAGGAGUCUAUUUUCCCAUCUCUGAAUCCCACUGAGCCCCAGCAGCAUCUAGGGAAGUUGCUGCAGCGGCCCAAGGGCUAGAGGGGGCCAUGAUUCCUGCCUUUCUUCAAGGCUGAGCUCAGGGGUCAUCUGCUCUAGGUCGUGUGCUGGUGAAGGUGAGCACUUCCUGUCUGGAUUCUCCCAGCUGUCCCUGAGGCGAGGGGCUUCCUGUGCGCUCUCCACUCCCACUCUCCCUUGUAACUUGUCUAAGCCUUGAGUUCCCUCCUCCCCCUGUGCUCCUCGCUGACAGAACCUGUGAACUUUAUCUGUCUGUCAUUUAUCCUCUUGCCCAGCUCAGGGCCUUGCACACACUCGGUGACUAAUAAAUGUUUGUCUAACUGAA